CGAUGGCACCGUCAUGUGCUACAACUGCGGUACCAUCCACGACGAGAGCCAGAUCGUUUCCGAGGUUACUUUUGGCGAGACUUCGGGCGGAGCAGCAAUCGUCGAGGGUGGCUUCAUCCACGCCAACCAGCGACACGCCAAUUCCAUGGGCGGCACAAUGCGAGGUCUCGGCGGCAUGGAGAGCAGGGAGCAGGCGGCCAUGAACGGGAAGAGCGCCAUCCAAGCCCUGGGCGCUUCGCUGAACCAGCGCGAGGCAGUCAUAGAGCAGGCUUUCAGCUGGUACAAGCUCGCCAUGAACUUUAGGUUUAUCCAGGGCCGCCGGAUGAGGAACGUCGCCGCUGUCGCAAUCUACAUGGCAGCCCGGAGACAGCCCGAGAACACGCUCAUGCUCAUCGACCUCGCCGAGAAGAUCCAAACCAAUGUCUGGGCCCUGGGAGAUACAUACAAACAGUUUCUGGAAAUGCUCAAAGAGGAGGACCCCGCGCAGCUCGUAGGCAACAAGGCUGUCCAGGAGAUUGAGCCUCUGAUGCUGAAGUACUGCCGGAAACUUGAGUUUGGAGACGAUUCCCACCGAGUGGCUGAUGACGCCUGCAAGGUGUUGAAGCGCAUGAAUCGAGACUGGAUGGUUCAGGGUCGCCAGCCAGCUGGACUGUGUGGUGCCUGCAUCAUCAUCGCUGCCCGCAUGAACAACUUUCGUCGCACGAUCCGAGAAGUUGUUUACGUCGUCAAAGUCGCCGAUUCCACCAUUACCUCUCGUUUGUACGAAUACAAAAGGACGCAGAGUGCCGCCUUGACUGUCAAUCAGUUUCGCGAAUUUGGAUCACGACUCAAGGUCAAGGCUCAACCGCCCGCCAUCUGGAGGCGCGCAGAAAGGGAGGAGCGACGAGAGAAGAAGCGGAGGAGGCUUCAAGGAGUAGACGGAAUAUCAGCAUCGCCAGAGGAUGUUUCAGGAAACAAUGUUGCAGAAGCUAGUACAGCCACGGCAUCAGCAGAGGCAAGCAGGAGACAGAAAUCAAACGGCGCUUCAUCGCAAGCAGGCGCAACACAAAAUGGAGAAACCGGUGCCCGUGAAAGUCGCGCAGCUACACAAGUCGACACUUUCGACGGGAACGCCGAUGCCAUGAUCGAUUCUGUUGUCACUGCAGUUGAGGAGGUCGAGGCGGGUGAGGCCACAGAUCCCGAUUUUGUCAUGCCCAAGAAGCGUGGUCGACCACCCAAGAAACGAGUGCCCAUUGUCAUCAACGAAGAGGAUCUUGAGAUUGAGCAAGACAUUGAGGCAGAGCUCACCAAUGCCAUCAAGGACUGGGAAGCCGUCUUUAAGGAAUGCGCCAAAAACGAGGAUCACGACCUACUCCGGCGCUCUGGCUGGACGGCAGCAGAAAUGGCACGCGCGGCGCAAGAUAAGCGCGACAUACCCGUUAACACGGAUCCUGAGAUUGGCGAAGACGAGUUCGAAGACGAUCCCGAUGUUGCUACCUGCAUCCUCGGCCCCGAGGAAGUCCGUCGCAAGGAAGCCGUCUGGAUCACCGAAAACGAAGAAUGGCUGCGUGCACAGCAGGAAAAGCUGCUCCUUGCCGAACUCGAAGCCGCAGAAGACAAGCCCAAGAAGCCCAAGCAAAAACGCAAACACCACCAAAUGGGCGACGGUAGCGUCCUUGAAGGCCAGCCCGCAGCCAGCGCCGCAGACGCCGCACACAAGAUGCUCAAGAGGCGCGCCAACAAGGCCUUCAGUAACCACAUCAACUACGACCGCCUCAAAGAACUCUUCCCAGGCGGUGGCGCCGCAUCAGCAAGUCCGGCGGAUAGCGCCCAGGGCACUAGCCCCGUUGCAAAAUCCCCGCCUACUACCACUACCACCACUACCACCACUAUUGUGCCCCAAGCCACACAUGCAGAUGCAGACGCCGAAGAAGAAGACGAAGACGACGACGACGACGACAACAUGCACGUCCAAGACGAAGACGAAGAAGAUCUCGAACACAAUUAUCUCGAUGAUGAGGACGAGGGCUUCGGCAACGAGACUUAUGAUUAUUAGAUUUACCCUUUUUUUGUUUUUGGGAAGACGAAGAAAGAACCACUUUAGUCGCAUUCACCCCAACACACACACACAC